AAUGUGUCGCUGGCUUCGAUCAGCUCCAUCUUCAUUCAAGAACGUCAACGCUAAAUACAAAAUAGUCCUCGCUCCGGGUGUAUUCGAUAUAUUCAUAUUUCGCUUCAGAGUUUCGAAGUAUCGCCUCUCAACUGAAGUCACCAUGUAUUCUGCUGCUUGGAUUCUCUGCUUAGCAGCAAUGCUUUCAGUGACUGUUAAAGAUGGGGAUUGUGCUAAAAGACAAGAGAACGGCUGGUCUGCCUGUGCCCAACAUUUCAAGGGCGCGAUCGAGAUGUGCACGGCGGACUUCUCCCCAGUGUGUGCUAGCAACGGGGUCGAGUACGGGAAUUUCUGCGCCUUUUGCAGGGCCGUCCAAGACGGUGAAGUCCCUCGCGGAGCGUCCUUCGCGUACGGCCCAUGUUAGCUUGUCGGCACGGCUAUUGUCUUCAUUAUGCAUUAUUAUCCUUAACUGGAAUUAAUAUGCGUGAAUUAUCAUCAUCUCGAAGUCUUGCUUGCAUUCCCAGACAAUCCGAACAAAAUUGUCGGGAGGCAAAUUUUAAAUGCUCUUUUUUCUUUUUCGCUUUUCUCUUAAAAGUCUUAAGCUUUAAAAUUGUGACAUCUACGCUUUUAGGUAAACGAUGAAAACAUGAAAAAUGAACACUAUUUAACUAAUUUAACUUUCGUUACUUCCUAUUUACCAAAUUUAACUUAACUUAACUGAAAUACAUAACCAUUACAGCAAUGACUCUACAUUUGAGUUAGAGGUGUGGCUCAGAUUUUCAGUUGGUAUUUAUUUCUAACUCAUGUCUUCUUUUUCAAAAAGAGUGAAAUCCAAAUAAAAGUUCGGAGGAGGAUCUUAGCGCAAAUCUGUAGCGUCUGUUGUGACAAAACA